AUGAAAGCAUUCAUUAGAUAUGCUCAUGAUCCAGAUUACAGAUUCCUCCAUGAACGAAUCUCUGAUCUAUUCUCUGAUCACUUGAGAAGAGACCUCGAGUUUUUGACUUCCAGGGAAACAAAAAAGAUCUCUCUAGCGGCUAAGUGGUGUCCGUCGCUUGAUUCAUGCUUCGACAAAGCCACACUGAUCUGCGAGAGCAUCGCUAAGAAGCUGUUUCCACGUGAAUCGUUUCCGGAAUACGUAGGUGUAGAAGAAGCUCAUUACGCGUACAGAGUUCGUGAUCGGUUAAGGAAAGAGGUUCUUGUUCCUCUCCGUAAAACUCUGCAACUCCCUGAGGUUUACAUGGGAGCGAGCGAUUGGGAUUCUCUUCCUUACAAUCGUGUUGCAUCAGUAGCGAUGAAAUCGUACAAGGAGAUAUUCCUGAAACACGACGAGGAGAGAUUUGAGCAAUACCUAGAAGAUGCUAAAUCAGGUAAAACGAAGAUCGCCGCGGGAGCUGUGUUACCUCACGAGAUCAUCGGAGAACUGAACGGCGGAGACGGUGGACAAGUCGCUGAGCUUCAAUGGAAACGAAUGGUUGAUGAUCUGAAAAAGAAAGGUUCUUUGACGAAUUGCAUCGCUAUCUCCGACGUGUCGGGAUCUAUGAAAGGUACUCCGAUGGAGGUUUCGGUCGCUCUGGGUUUGCUCGUCUCUGAGUUAUCCGAAGACCCAUGGAGAGGAAAGCUGAUAACUUUCAGCGAAAACCCAAAACUGCAUUUGGUGAAAGGAGACGACUUGAGAACGAAAACAGAGUUUGUGAGGAGAAUGCAGUGGNGAUACAACACGGAUUUUAAGAAAGUGUUCGAUCUGAUUCUGAAAGUUGCGGUGAAAAGGAAACUAAAACCGGAGGAGAUGGUCAAGAGGAUUUUCGUGUUUAGCGACAUGGAGUUCGAUGAAGCGUCGGGUGCGCCUUAUGACUCGGAUUCUGAGGCGGAGGAUGGUGGAUGGGAAACGGAUUAUCAGGCGAUCGUGAGGAAGUAUAGAAAGAAAGGGUACGGUGAAGCUGUGCCGGAGAUUGUGUUUUGGAAUCUGAGGGCUUCAAAGUCAACGCCGGUGAUAGCGAGCCAGAAAGGAGUGGCUUUGGUGAGUGGGUUUUCCAAGAAUUUGAUAAAGAUGUUUUUGGAUAAUGACGGAGAGAUUGAUCCGAUGAUAAUCAUUGAAGCUGUAAUCGCCGGAGAAGAGUACAAGCAGCUUGUUGUGAUCGAUUGA